ACGCGCAUGAACGCAGUGCUCUAAUCUUUGAUUACUACUUGUAUGUUACCGGUAUUUCUUUUUAUUUUAAAGACGCUCUGGAAGAGAGUGAGCCCGUCACCUCAAGACAUGGAGAAAACAACAGUAGAGGCACUUCUAUACGUGCCUGGCUCAAAAGAAAGUGGACCGAAGGUCUGGUGUGCUAUGGGGUCUGGUUUUGUUGUGGUGACAGACGCAACUGAGUGGGAAUAUGAGACACACAUGAGACAUGCAAAAGACAGAGUGAGUUGCCUGCUGGCAGUUGGAAAGAAUCAGGUCUGGGCUGGUUCCUUGGAUACCACUAUCUACGUCAUCAACACGCAGACUGGGAAAGCCGAUCAACAACUGUUAGGACAUCGGGACUCUAUUUCACACAUGACCAAAACUGUCGACAGUCAAGGGAACACCACGGUAUGGAGCGCCAGUUCCGACGGACAGAUUGUUGGAUGGGAUCCUGUGACACUCACAACAAAGAAGGAGGUAAGAAGAGCACAUUGUAGUGUUAUGUUUAGUGAUUCUCCAAAUGGCCCGACUGUGCUUCCAGCUUGGUCUGUUUAGGUUUUGUGAUUUCCUUCGCAACAGCGUUUCAAUUUUGGGGCAGUAGUGAGAGCGCUCGCCUUCCACCAAUGUGGCCGGGCUUCGAUUCCGCCCAGAUGUGGGUUGAGUUUGUUGCUGGUUCUUGCCUUGCUCUAAGGGUUUUUUCCGGGUACUCCGGUUUUCCU